AUGCAGAGCUCAACGUUUACCGUGGCCCCACAUGUACUGGAACAGGCGUACAAAGCUAUUCGAACGUCACUUCCAGAACCGAAAGAUCUUGAACAAUCAACAAAGCUUCAGACGUUUAUGGACAAGAACUUUCCGACUGAAUCGGACCUGAAUAUUACACGACGUUCAUUGAUCCUGGCUGAGUUACGUACAAUCUUUCGUCAAUGGGUAAAGAAAGUGUGCAUGGAUAAGGGUGUUCCUGAGGAGAUGGCAGCUGAUGCUGGUGGUCAGAUUUUAGUCUCAGGUUCCUAUCGUCUUGGUGUCAAUGAACCAGGAGCUGAUAUUGACACGAUCUGUGUCGCACCACGCCACGUGACACGUGACGACUUUUUUUCGUCACUUAAAGACAUUUUUUUGCAACAUCCCAAGGUGUCACAUUUGGUGGCUAUUGAAGGCGCUGUUGUGCCUAUUCUUACAUUUGACUACGAGGAGAUUAAUAUCGAUCUACAGAUUGCUAUUCUGCCACGAAACUCCAUUCCUGAGAAUCUCAAUAUCUUGGAUAAUCAUGUGCUUGUAGGAGUGGAUCCAGCUACGGAAAAGAGUCUCAAUGGCCCAAGAGUCACGGAACUUAUGAUCAAGUUGACGCCGAAUCGAGAGAGUUUCAUUAGUGUGCUACGAAUUGUAAGACGAUGGGCUAAACGACGCGGACUUUACUCGAACAAGAUGGGAUAUCUUGGAGGUGUGAAUUGGUGCAUCUUGGUGUGUUUCAUUAAUCAAUUGUACCCGACUGCAGCGCCUUCGACAUUACUAUUGCGUUUUUUUAUGGUACUGAACAACUGGAAAUGGCCUCUUGCUAUUCAACUGUGCAAGACGCACGAUGCGAAACUUGGACUGGAGGUAUGGAACGCAAAUGCGGGCCAUAAUCGAUACCAAGUGAUGCCAAUUUUGACGCCGGCGUACCCGUCGAUGAACUCGUCGUUUAAUGUAUCGACGCAUAGUCUGAUGGUGAUGAAAGAGGAGUUCAAACGUGGCUUGAAAAUUGUGCAGGACGUGCUCAGCAAAGGUGGAUCGGAAUGGGGGCCGCUGUUUGAGCCUUCUGACUUUUUCGCCGUCCACCAACACUACCUAGCGGUCGAGGUGUACACGGAGAAGGAAGAGGAAGAGCAAGCAUGGUGCGGGUUUUGUGAGUCUCGAUUGCGAAAACUGGUCGAGUCUUUGGCGUACAACCCGGCGCUCUGUCGCUUACGCGCGUUUCCAACGAAGUUCCCUCUGAGCUUUGUGACAGGUGAUGAUGUAGCAGCGGGCAAGCAGCCUAGUGGUGAAAGUUCCACGCAGCCCCGCAAGUUUGGUGCGUGCUUUUAUGUGGGCUUUGAUAUUGACCGUCGCCAACUGCGCAGUCGCGAAGUGAGCAUUGACAACUCGGUGGAGUACUUUAAAAACAAUGACCUUUACCGCUGGAACAAGCGAACCGCUACGAUGGAUGUGAGGGUCACUCCAGUUAUUUGGAAAUUUUUGCCUGAAAGUGUUUUCGAAGAAAUGGGCGGACGGACUGUCGCGCGCGCCACUCGCCGUGAGUUUAUGAAGAAGAAGAAGGAAGAGGAAAAGAAGACAGAAGAGGCUGCAGCACCAAGUCCUUUGCCUUCAGGUGAUGAGGGAAUGCACUCGCAAGAAGAUAGCGAGGAUUUGACAUGCAGUCAGAAGACUGAGUCACUUGCAGCUGAGAUGGCUAUCGGCAAGGGUAGCAUUUCACAGCCAGGAAGUCCUGAUCCUGCGGUAGACGGAGGCGAGGUUGCGGACGACACUGAUCCGGCUAAGAAGGCCACCGCACUAAAGGCGAAAAAGGUGGGGUCGCCAGAAUCGCCGGAAAUAACAGGUAAGCGUAGCCAUAAUGGCAGUAUUGUGGGUGGAAAGGGUAGUUUGGACGGGAAUCUGUCGGAUACUGUCCUGAUCUCUGCCAAUGCGUCGACUAACUGUGCGGCAGCUCGAGGGAUCACUUCACCUCCCGUGAUGGCGGUGAAGAAGCCUUUGGAGUUGGCGGCGGCUUCUGCCGUCGCGUCGCCGCGCAAAAGACGUAAAAUGAAAAUCACUUUUGCCAAACUGAAUUGA